ACUUUAUUAUGUUAUAAAGAUUUAUUAUAUAUCUUUUAUUUAUUUAUUUUUAUAGAAACCACAUCAGUUCAUUCAGCAAGUUUUUGUAACAUGUUUCGGGCUAUAUUUGUUCUUUUGGCAGUUUUUUGUCAUGUGGCUAGAUUACAAUCUACAGCCACAUGCGACCUUUUCACCUUUCCCAGCACCUUUAAAUUUGGCGCAGGUACUGCCGCCUAUCAAAUCGAAGGUGGUUGGAAUGAAGAUGGAAAAUCCAGGUCAUGGUGGGAUUGGUUUACCAACAACUAUCCUCAGUAUUGUAACAACGCUACAGGAAAUAUCGCUUGUGACUCUUACCAUAAGUACAAGGAAGAUGUAGCGGCCAUGAAAGCUAUUGGUCUGGAGUUUUAUCGGUUUUCUUUAUCGUGGAGUCGGAUUUUGCCUAAAGGAUUUAGUUACAGUGUCAAUCAAGCAGGUGUCGACUAUUAUAAUAAUUUAAUAGAUGAGCUAAAAGCAGCUGGAAUAGAACCUUUGGUGACUAUCUAUCAUUGGGAUACACCGAUGGCACUGGAAUACCUUGGAACUACUUGGACUAGUCCGAAAAUGGUGGAUCAGUUUGUUGCUUUUGCUGAUCUAGCUUUUAGUUUGUUUGGAGAUAGGGUUAAACUUUGGGCAACCAUUAACGAACCAAAAUCUUUUUGCCAAGGAAUUCCCGGAUAUUUUCUUACUUACAUUUUUCCUGAAUUGCCUAUGGGCACCUUAGAGUACCUAUGUGGACAUCAUGUGCUGCUGGCUCAUGCCAAAACCUACAGAUUGUACCAGGAAAAAUAUAAGUCCACGCAAAAUGGAAGAAUUUCUAUAACUCUGGAUUUGAACUACAACAUGCCUCUAACUAACUCGACAGAAGACAUUGAGGCAGCUGAAAGGCGAAAUCUGUUUGAGUUCGGUUGGUUUGCUCACCCACUUUACUAUGGAGACUAUCCUCAAAUAAUGAAAACCGUGAUCGCCAAUAACAGUGCUAAACAAAACUUUACCGCAUCACGUCUGCCGAAGUUCUCAUGCACAGAAAAACUAAUGAUUAAAGGAUCGUAUGAUUUAUUUAUGGUCAACAGUUAUACAGGAACUCAAGUAACCCUUAAGGAGUACAAUAACGAACCGUCUUAUAUCAAUGAUGAGCAAACUAGUGGUACUCAGCCAGAUCAUUGGUUAAGCACAGCUGUAUCUAACUUAAAGGUAUACCCAGAGGGGAUAAGGUACGUCUUAAAAUAUAUUAAGGAAAGUUAUGGCAAUCCUGAAAUCAUGAUUACAGAGAAUGGAUAUUCAGAUACUACUGGAAACGUUAAUGACACUUUAAGGAUCGAAUUUAUUCGAGAAACCUUGGGAAACAUACGUCUCGCAAUAUGUGAAGAUGGUGUCAACGUCACUCGAUACACUUACUGGAGUUUACUGGAUAAUCUGGAAUGGGCUCGAGGAUACGGGGUGAAAUUUGGGCUGGUACAGAUCGAUUUUGACAGUGAAAACCGCACGAGAACAUUGAAGAGAUCAGCCUAUUACUACAAAAAUGUGAUACAGAAUAGAUAUAUUAAUGUAACAGAUAGCACUGAAUGAAUAAUAUUGUAGCGUUCGUAUAGGUGUCAAUUAAAACACUCGACGCAAAAGAAUUGUCAACUGAUUUAUUACACACUUAUAGCAACAUUUA